CCUCCGGCCCCGCGGCCCCGCCCCCGUCCGCCCCGCCCGCCUCAGGUGGGGCCGCCCGGCCCGCCCCGCUUCCUCUGGCGGCGUUCGGCCGCUUCUCCUCUGCUCCUCGCAGAAGGCCAGGGCGGCGGCGCCGCAAGUUUUGACAUUUUGGCAGCAGAGGCGCGCGCGGGCACUCUCGGGCCGACGGCUGCGGCGGCGGCCGACCUUCCAGAGCCCCUUAGUCGCGCCCCGGAGCUCCAGCUGCCCGGAGUCCGGCAGCCACGAGGCCCAGCCGCGUCCUCCCGCGCUUGCUCGCCCGGCGGCCGCAGCCAUGUCCCGGGGGCCCGAGGAGGUGAACCGGCUCACGGAGAGCACCUACCGGAAUGUUAUGGAACAGUUCAAUCCUGGGCUGCGAAAUUUAAUAAACCUGGGGAAAAAUUAUGAGAAAGCUGUAAAUGCUAUGAUCCUGGCAGGAAAAGCCUACUACGAUGGAGUGGCCAAGAUCGGUGAGAUUGCCACCGGCUCCCCCGUGUCGACCGAACUGGGACAUGUCCUCAUAGAGAUUUCAAGUACCCACAAGAAACUCAACGAGAGUCUUGAUGAAAAUUUUAAAAAAUUCCACAAAGAGAUUAUCCAUGAGCUGGAGAAGAAGAUAGAACUUGACGUGAAAUAUAUGAACGCAACUCUAAAAAGAUACCAAACAGAACACAAGAAUAAAUUAGAGUCUUUGGAGAAAUCCCAAGCUGAGUUGAAGAAGAUCAGAAGGAAAAGCCAAGGAAGCCGAAACGCACUCAAAUAUGAACACAAAGAAAUUGAGUACGUGGAGACUGUUACUUCUCGUCAGAGUGAAAUCCAGAAAUUCAUUGCAGAUGGUUGCAAAGAGGCUCUGCUUGAAGAGAAGAGGCGCUUCUGCUUUCUGGUUGAUAAGCACUGUGGCUUUGCAAACCACAUACAUUAUUAUCACUUACAGUCUGCAGAACUACUGAAUUCCAAGCUGCCUCUGUGGCAGGAGACCUGUAUUGAUGCCAUCAAAGUGCCAGAGAAAAUCAUGAAUAUGAUCGAAGAAAUAAAGACCCCAGCCUCUACCCCCGUGUCCGGAACGCCUCAGCCUUCACCCAUGAUUGAGAGAAGCAAUGUGGUUAGGAAAGAUUCCAACACCCUUUCUAAAUGCUCACCAAAGAUGCCCCCCGCUCCUUCAGGCAGAGCAUAUACCAGUCCCUUGAUUGAUAUGUUUAAUAACCCAGCCACGGCUGCCUCAAAUUCACAACGGGUAAAUAAUUCAACAGGUACUUCCGAAGAUCCCAGUUUACAGCGAUCAGUUUCGGUUGCAACGGGACUGAACAUGAUGAAGAAGCAGAAAGUGAAGACCAUCUUCCCACACACUGCGGGCACCAACAAGACCUUACUCAGCUUUGCACAGGGAGACGUCAUCACGCUGCUCAUCCCCGAGGAGAAGGAUGGCUGGCUCUAUGGAGAACACGACGUGUCCAAGGCGAGGGGUUGGUUCCCAUCGUCAUACACGAAGUUGCUGGAAGAAAAUGAGACGGAAGCAGUGACUGAGCCCACGCCAAGGGUCAUGGAGGAUGUUUGGGGUUUGGUGGUGAGACAUUAUCCAACAUGUGCUGUGUCCUUUUUGGGUUUGAGCCCCGCGCCGGUGAGAAGCAUCAGCACCGUGAACUUGUCUGAGAAUAGCAGUGUUAUCAUCCCCCCACCCGACUACUUGGAAUGCUUGUCCAUGGGGGCAGCUGCCGACAGGAGAGCAGAUGCGGCCAGAACGACAUCCACCUUUAAGGCCCCGGCGUCCAAGCCCGAGACCGCGGCUCCUAACGAUGCCAACGGGACUGCAAAGCCGCCUUUUCUCAGUGGAGAAAACCCCUUUGCCACUGUGAAACUCCGCCCGACUGUGACGAAUGAUCGCUCGGCACCCAUCAUUCGAUGAGAGGACAGCCAAGGACUCUCCCGGGCCUCUCCGGUUCUCUCUUGCGGAAUGAUGGGUUCGUCCUGUCUGCCACAUGCUGACGGUCGGGAAGCUUCAGCGGAGAGGCCUAACUCUAAUGUCGCCUGCCUAAGCAAAUCAUGCUUCUGUUUCACGUAGUUGGGUUGACACAUUUCUGCCUUUAAGAUAAAUGAGUAAUAGUCUAAUGACCAGCUCAGUCAUUUAAAAUAUUUUCUUCCUAUACUGUUCAAGAAACAGUAAACUUGGUUUCAAUCUUUACUGUAUUUUUUAAAUGAAUUUUUUUCCUUAAUGACAGCCAGAAUAAGGGAUAGUCAAUGCUUUCAGGACUGGCUUUCUGCACCUGAUGUGAAUGAGACCAGUUUUAUUUUAUAAAGCAUGUGCUCUUAAUAGCAUUAUGUCUAAAGAAGAUAUCACAUAAGUUUGCAUCUUAGCAUGCAAAUCAUAAUUUUAAGCAAUAUAAAUUAUGAAAGUACUAUAUAAAUGUAAUUUUUUAACUUAAAAUGUUUAAUCAAGUGUAGAGCUUCCAGAGAUGGGGAAACCCCCGCCCUCCCUGCAAGCACGCAGAGCUGUAGAGCGCAAAGACGCUUUGCCUCCCUUAUAACAGCCACACGCAGCACUCGAAAUCCCCUCCGAGGGCUCCUUUUCUUGGUAGUUAGGAGUCACCGACGGAUGCGCUGCACACAGCCCAUCCAGGACACAGGCCUGGGCGUCGGAGUCCCGGCUCCUUGUGUUCUCACUCAGCUAGUUGGCCAAAGCUGCAUCUAUUACCAGUACACUCAAACUGCUCGGGGUCCCAGUUUCUCCGUGUUUGAAUCAGGUACGGACUCUCAAAGGAUACGUGUAAAGCCAGGAUGACCUCUGGUGCCUGGAGAGGGUGGGUUUUUUAGCCUAGCAGCCAUGACGCCCUCAGAACCGGGCCCUAUGAUACGGAUGUGAGGACUACGCACUGGCUGCCCUGAGCCCAGGGCUGGAAAUCACCUCUGGCUGCCAAGGAUCUGUACCUAUUUUGGAGUGGAGGGUCAUGGUUAAAAUUCCCAGCCUGGCCCAGGUAUGGGAAUCCCAGCAUUUUGUGAGGCCGAGGCAGGCGGAUCACCUGAGGUCAGGAGUCUCUACUAAAAAUACAAAAAUUAGGUGUGGUGGUGGGCGCCUGUGAUCCCAGCCACUCAGGAGGCUGAGGCAGGAGAAUCACUUGAACCCGGGAGGCAGAAGUUGCAGUGAGCCAGAUCAUGCUGCUGCACUCCAGCCUGGGCGACAGAUUCCCAGCCCAGCUGCUCACCGUGUGUGUUGCGGGGUGCUGGGGCUGUGACUUACUUAUCCCCUCUCCUUUGGCCUUGCCAUAAGUGUAGUAUCCUAUGAGACUGAGAUUGGGAAAGGUUACAUGCAGGUAAGCCAGUGGACAUGGGCAAUGCUUCAGGCUCCUUCCAGCCAGGUCCAGCAGUGUCACCAUCUGCUUCUCCUGGAAGGCCAAACCAGGCACCCCACCAUGAAGGGCUGCAGGCACCAUGAACUGUUAACAACCCCAGUCUGUCCUACAGAAAGGGCUGCAGCCACAUGAGAAUUCAGUCCACACAAGCCCCGUGGCCGUGUUCCCCACUUCAGACACAGGGCUCAGGGAGCUCCAUCUGGCACUGUGGGGAACUGCCGGGGUGUGGGUGACACCUGGCCUUUGGUGUUCUGCCUUGGGGAUGUUUCUGAUUUUGUUACAGGGUAGAAUAAUAGGACCUGGGGGUCUCGGAUGCAACCCGCAGGCCCCGUGGCUCACCCAACCCCAGGUUCCGCCUCCCAGACCAGAACCGGGGGAUGGCCUGGUCCUUGGCACCGAGGUACCUGCUCUGUAAAUAUCAAGGGAUUACAAUUUUAAUAAAGGAGAACUUGAAAACA